UAAAUUAUAAUGUCGAAAAAAUAUUAUAGAUUACAAUAGGUAACAGUUUAAAUUUUUUUAAAACAUGUUAAAAAUAUAAUUAAUCAUAUAAUUUUAUUUAUGUCACACAAAUUAAAAUAAAAAAUAAUAUAUAUAGAUGGGAGGUGAUAUAAUAAUUCCAUACAUUCCUCUGUAUAUUCAUCAACAUCUCCACAACUUAAAAAAUUCCCCAACUUCUUCACAGAGAACACAGCCCCCUCACCGCCACACAAAACCUCACGUCACACCGCUGCAUAUUCUCUAAUCUUUAUCAUGGAAAGCAGGGUAGUAGUUCUGAUAACCGGCUGUUCUAAUGGCGGCAUAGGACAUGAGCUAGCUCGAGCUUUUGCUGCCAGGAAUUGCCUUGUUGUAGCCACAGCUCGGUCUCUGACAUCCAUGUCCGAUUUCCAAAACGACCCACGUUUCUUUCUUCAAGAACUUGAUGUUUUGUCUGAGCAAAGUGUGACACAUGUACUCACUAAUGUUCUUGACAAGUUUGGGGCUAUAGAUGUUCUUGUUAACAAUGCUGGUGUACAGUGUAUUGGUCCUCUAGCCGAAGUUCCUUUAUCUUCUAUUCAGCAUACCUUCAAUACCAAUGUUUUUGGCCCCAUAAGGUUAAUUCAAUCUGUUGUCCCGCACAUGGCAUCCAGGAAAAAAGGGAAAAUUGUUAAUGUUGGAAGUUGUAGUGCUUUGGCUCCAGGACCAUGGUGUGGUGCUUAUAGUGCAUCCAAAGCUGCUGUACAUUCAUUUUCUGAUUCCUUGAGACUGGAACUUGAGCCUUUUGGCAUUGAUGUCAUCACUGUUGUCCCUGGAGCUGUGACGUCGAAAAUUGGAGACGCUGCCAUUGUCAGUUACAGUCAAAUGCCAGAGUGGAAGUUGUACAAGAAAUUUGAAGAACCAAUCCGGGCACGAGCACAUUUCUCACAAGGCCCAAAAUCAACUCCUGCAGAAGAAUUUGCAAAGAGGACUGUCAACGCGGUGCUGAAGGAGAAACCUCCAACUUGGUUUUCUAUUGGUCAUAUGUCUACUCUUGCUGCAAUUAUGUACCAUCUUCCACUUUUUAUCAGAGACAUCAUUGGCAGGAAAUUGAUGAAGUGUUGAUACAGCUUUGUUAAAUUUGGAUCGUCAUUUUAACAUCUCGGUGAGGUGUGGUUUGUGUCCCUGAUAAAGCAAAUAAUUUUCUUGGUUCUCGUUAGAUAAAGAUUUAUAUCGAUGAAAUACUCGGUGCUCUCAGAGGAUUGUGAAAGAUGCGGAAUAUAGCGUGAAAUUGUGUUCCUUUCAAAUGCAGCUCCUGUAAGUAUUGACACUGUUGUCGGAUUCUUGAUGGUUAAAUCAGUUUUACCUUAAAAUAAUUCAUUAUGCAGUGUGUAAAUGUAGAAUUUUUCCUACCAAGCUUAUUUGGCUAGGACAAUCUUUGGGUUCAGCAUUUAAAAACAUUUCUGUUUGUUGAAAA